AUGCCGCCGAGAAGCCUCAGGUUCCGCGGCGUAUCCAUCCCGAUUAAUGACGCGCCACAGGUUUACGCCGCAGCUGAGAAGAAGGAUGGUGGCUUUAUUCGCAACCUCAAACUCGACGAGGGGCUCGGAAGCUCCGAUCUAGUCGCGGGACUAAAGGUGCUCAGCAUUAGUGGUGGCGAGAGCUUCAAGGGGGGGCUUUCCUGUUGGGAAGUGGAACUCGACCAGUAG